AUCAGAGACCAUAACAACAGUGCUAACGCAAAUAUUUUAGCAUAACAAACAACAUUAAUUUAAUAAUCAAAUCUUCAACAAAAAAGAUUAAACAUGCCGAAAGUCGUGUCGCGAAGUAUUGUUUGUUCUGAUUCCAAGGAUCAAGAAGAGUAUAAUGAUACCGGGCCUUUAAAUAUCUACUAUUGUCUGUGUGGACAGAUGAGUUUGAUUUUAGAUUGUAUUGUAGAGAAACUUCCCCUUCGGCAACUGGACGGUGCACGGGUAAUCGAUUCCGCAAAACACGCCAACAAAAUCACAGCUGAACCGGGCGAGACGGUGUUCAUCCGAAGAGAAGCUGGUAUCGAAAAACAGCACCGUUUUAAAUGCAAAAAGUGUGCUCUUCCGCUAUACUACCGCCACACGAACGACCUUCAGGUCACAUUUAUCAUACGACGAGCUCUAGUUAAGUCCAAAAGCGAUACCCGCAUUACGGAUCUGUUCAAACCCAUUCUGGCAGCUUCUCCGUUGGAGCCGAAAAAGGUCAUGGUCACUAAGCACACAAAGAACAUGGGUAAAUUUAGCUCCGUUACCGUUUCUACCAUUGAUGAAGAAGAGGACGAAAUCGAAGCGCGGGAGGUUGCGGACAGUUAUGCUAACAACGCACGUAUAAUAGAGAAGCAGCUUGAACGUAAGGGUGGUAAAACCAACGAGGUUGUCAUCAAAGAAAAGAGUGAACCUCCACCAGCUAAAAAAUCCCGAGGAACUCUUUUGGACGCUUGAACAUCUCAAAAACUCAAAAAUGUAUCUAAAUAAAAAAAAAAACUACA